AUGGGUCCGUUGCUUUCGUGCGACGAAACCGCACUGCUCCUGACGCCCGGCAUUGACGCGCGUGACCACGACGCGACCGCCGUGAUGACUCAAAGCCUGGGGCAGCUCCAGGCGCAGCGCGAGACCAAGCGCAGGCAGCAGGAUAACUUCACCGCCGCCCUCCAAUCCCGCAUCGAUGAGAACAUCGCCAUCGCCAGCGCGGUCCACUCCUUCGAGAAGACGGACGACAUCCGCCGCGCGCGCGAGGCGCGCGAGCGAGCGGCCGAGGAGCGCCAGCUCGAGGCACUGUACCGCGCGCACAAGGAGAAGGAGCUCCGAGCGCGCGCGCGCGCCGAGGAGGAGGCCAUCGUGGACGCGCUCGAGGCCAAGAAGAAGGAGGCGUCCAGGCGCCAGCUCCUCGUCAAGCAGGUUGCGGAUAACUCCCAGGAGCUGCGCGAGCUCAAGGAGAAGCUUCGAUGCGCCGAGGUGAGCUACGAGCGCCAGCUGCAGAUGGAGGAAGCCGCCAUGCUCAAGGAGCGCGAGGACGAGUACGACGCCGCGAUCCACUCCGUCAUGGAGCAGCAGCGGGUCAAGGCGGUGUUCGAGGAGGAGCGCGCGAUGGCUGCCAAGCGCAAGGAGCGAGCCGCGUCCAGGGAGGUGCUCGCCGAGCAAAUCGAGGAGAAGAAAGCCGCGCAGGAGGAGGCGAGGGUCGAAUACCUCAAGGAGCGCGAGCAGGUGGACGCCAUCGCGCGGGCCAUCGCGGAGGAGGACGAGGCGGAGCGCCUGCGCAAGGCCCAGAAGGUCAAGGACACCAAGGCUUGGGUGGCGAAAUUUCUCGAGCUCCGCGAAGAUUUGCGCGAGCAGGAGCGCCAACGGCUGCUGGAGGAGGAGGCGCAGAUUGCUCGGUUCGCCGCGGAGAUCGAGCGCAGGCAGAAGGCCACCGAGGGUAUGCGCGAGGCGCAGCAAGCCGAGAAGGACCGCAUCCUCGAGAAGCUCGCGAAGGAGAAGGAGGAGAACGACCGCCGCCGCGACGAGAUGGAGGAGCUCAUCAACCGCCUCUACUUCGAGGAGGCGGAGGAGAAGCAUCGCGCCGCCGCGAAGGAGAAGGCUGCGCGCCGGGCGGCCAUGGAGCGGGACGUCAAGGAGGCAAACGAGCAGCAGCGUCGCAUCAAGGAGGCGAUCAGGGUCCGCGAGAUCGAGCAGGAGCAGGAGUUCCGCAGGGUGAUGCUCGAGAAGUUUGCCGAGGAGGAUCGCGUGGAGCAGAUGAACGCGCAGCGCAGGCGCAUGAAGAUGCAGGAGCACAAGCGCGAGGUGGAGCGGCUCGCGGCGGUGAAGAAAGCCAUGUUCGAGGAGCAGAUGGCGCGGGAGGAGGAGGAGGCGGAGGCGAUCAGGGAGGCGGAGGCUGGUCGGGCCGCCAUCGUGGAGGAGGAGAGGAAGCGGCUGCUGGUGGAACACGCGGCGAGGCUGAAGGAUUUCCUGCCCAAGGGGGUGCUCGCGUCGGGCGAGGACCUCGACCUGAUCAACACGGUGUCGUCGAGGCUCGGGUCGAUGUCGAUGACCGGGACGAGCAGGGCGGGGACCAGGGCGGCGGGGUCCAAGGCUUUCGCCAUGUGA